AUUAUUAUGAUAUAAGUUUUGACUGUCGGGCUACUUCCCCCAUGAUUAACCACUGCAUGUUGGAAUGUGCAUUGGGUUCUAAACUAUACAAAGUUAUCCUUGUGUUAUGUGUGUGACAGAUCAGCUCUAAUCUGGGGCUGCACCAAGUUGGUCUGCUAAUGAUAUCAACAACAUUACCAUGACCACACCAACAGCAUAUUAUCAACAACAACACAUAACCACCAUCCUCAUCAUCAUCAUUGUCACCAGGGUUAUAACCACCACCACCGCCGCCGCCACUAACUUAUAACAACACUACUCCAACUACCACCACUGAUAAUAACAGCAGUAACUGUAGCAGCAGUAGGAUGACGGGCAGCAGCAAAGAGUUUCCAUGUCAAAGUGAAGUGACACAUUUGUUAUUUAGCUGACUGGAGGAAAUACAUGCAGCAGAUACGUUCAAAUUCCCAUCAGUUAUUAUCUUGGACUUUGCACCAAUCAGUGACAUUUUCUACCUCUCAAGAAUAUAAUAAUUCUUGAGGUGAUAUUAUCUUUUCUCUGGAUUCUAUUAACUUUUGUAUGUAUAAUUUUGCUAUAAGUAACAAAAUAAACUGCAGCAAUGUCUAACCAAAAUAUUAGUAACACUGUGAAAAACAAUAAACAUUUACUACAUGAGCAAUCCAGAAAUUCCCUUCUGUCUCAGCAGGAAAACACAACCAAAAGUUUAAAUGGAAAGAUUCCAAAUGCAAAGACAAAACACAAUAGGAAAUCUAAUGAAAAACACACAGAGAAAAGCGAUGUUGAUAAAGCAGUAGAAACUACAGAAAAUAACAAGAGUGACAAUGUAAUAAAAACUACUAAAAAUAGCCAUGCUAAUAAAACUGUAAAAUCUACUGAAAAUAACGAAGGUGAUAAAGUUAUAAAAACUACAGAGAACAACCUGGCUGAAGUAAAAAACGAUAAAAUUAAUAAUUUGAAAUCUGGUACCACAGAAGAACCAAAUGACCAGGAGAAGCAAUUACCUUCUGGGACUUUAUUAUUGAACAUCUCUGAAAUUGAUUCCUAUAGCAAAUCCAAGGAAGAAGAGGAUCAAAUGGUCCUUGUUUCUGAAUCAGACUCUCGCAAACACAGCCUAGAAUUGGCAAAGACAGAAGAUUUGAAAGAGAGUGAACUUUAUGAUAUUGAAAGUGACAGCUCAAAUAGUGAUGAGGAUCAAAACAAAGUUCAAGAGAGAACAGCCCUAUUUCAAUCCUGUAUACCUUAUUUGCCAAUAGAAGUUGCCUCUGUCUGUCUUGCAUUUAAUAUUCUCAUACCAGGAUUUGGAAGCAUAUUGUGUGGUAUAUUCCAAUUCUGCUGUGGUAAAAAACAAAUUAGCAACAAAAAGACAGAUAAUUCAACAAGGAUUUUGAUAAACUUUUUGGUAGGUAUCAUGCAGUUCUCCACAUUAACAUUUUUCCUUGUUGGAUGGUUCUGGAGUAUUGCCUGGGGAAUGAAGAUUCUGUUCUUAUCAAUUGAGAAUCAUAAACGGAUGAAGAAACAGCAACAGAAGAAAGAAAAGAUGAAAUCAGAGCUACACAUCAUUGGUGACAAGCCUAAUACAAAGGUCUAUACAAAGAACAAGACAAAUGGAAAUUCUUUAGUGAAGUACUGAGAGACACCUGUGCAAUAUGAAGGGAUAAAAAUAUAGAAUAGAAUUGUCUUUGAUGAAGAUAUACAGUGAAGAAUAAAAGGAUUUAGAAUAAAUUAUGGAUUAUAAAUAACUUUUUUUUUAGCAGUAAUAAUAAUUGUUAAUAAGGUUAUUAUAAUUUACUACUACUACUACUACUACUACUACUACUACUACUAC